UGGACCAUCCAGGAAGUGUGUUCAGUGUUUGGGGAAAUACCAUAAACAAACUGUCUUUCCUGUCAACUUAAACGAGUGUUGUCUCCUUCGUUACAGGUUAAUGCGACAGCGAAAACCAAAUGAAUACUGACUCUUGUAUAGCCACGUUUUUUUGCGUUGUCGCGUAAAGCAGUUGGACCACACUCGGUGUGUGUGUAAACCGGAGGAGAACGGUUUUUAGGCUAGACAGAUAUCUUUUGCUGAUUGCAUUUGGCUGCAGCUAUACGAGAAUUAAUCAUGUCUGAUUUAAUUCUGGUCCUCUUGUUGGUCGUGCUCCUGGUGUUAUUGAUUGUGACCGUUGGUGGCUUCCUGCUGUACUCGGGACUACUGUGUGACGUGAUCAUAAAGACUGGGCCACCUCCUGUCAAAAGUGUUACUAUUGCUUAUAAGUUCAAAGAAGGAUCAUACAAGGACUGCGGUGCAGCCUACACAGAAAGCUGCAGCAUUGGGCCAAAGCUGAGCACCGUCGGUGUCUUCUACGAUGACCCCAAACAGAGGCCAGCAGAAAAAUGUCGCUACGUGGUGGGCAGUGUCCUAUGUGAGGGUGAAGAGAAGCCAGAUGAAGAACUGCAGAAGCUGUAUGAGCAGUUUGGCUUCAAGGUGUUCUCUCUACCUGAAGUGAGCCACGCUGUGACCACCAGCUUCCCCUGCUCCACGCCUUUGUCUCACGUGCUUGGACCUUACAGGGUCUACCCAAGGCUGUCAUCCUACAUUGAGGAGAGGAAGCUGUGUGCAUUCCCAACCAUUGAGAUAUGUAGCUCAGAUGUCAUCAAAUAUAUGGUUCCACUGUCUCGCCAGACAGACUUCUUUGUUCCAGAGAUGAAGGAGGAGGUUAAAACAGAUGUUAAAGAAGAGGACUCAGACGAGGACAGAGGAACUGACAUUACAGGUGCAGACUCCCACAGUGACGUGAGUUCAGUGAGCGGUGGCGUACCCUGGGACAGCAGAGAGACAUCCCUGGCUGCUUCCACAGCCGCCUCCCUGGCAUCUUCCCUCCCUCUGAGGGACGUAAUGGAUGCAAAUGAAGACAUUAAGCACAGGGACAACAGCGAGAGGGGCUCGAACGAGUCGAUGGGCAGCGGCUCGUCCUUUGAGGAGCUUGACAUGGAUCAGGAGGAGCAGGAGGCAGGAGAAGAGAGGGAAGAGAAAGGAGAUGGAGAAGAAGCAGAAGCAGAGGUCCCUGAGGGUGAAGAUGGAGCAAGAGAAGCAGUUGAACUGGUGGCUGAGAAGAAGGAAGCCUCGGGGAUCGAGAAGAGUAGGGAGGAUGCUGAAGAGAGAAGAGAUGAGGCCAUGUAACCCUGGAAUGCUAGAGAGUUUCUCAGUUGUCGCUGGUUAUCUGUCACGUAAUCUUGUUGGUGGAGCUAAAGCUGUUUAUGCCGUGACCAACAUGCCGUAUUUCUGCUCCUUCUAAUCCUCUUCUUUGAAGCCUGUACUAUUUGUUAUACUGUAAUCUCAUUUUUGUUUUUGUUUUUUAUAAUUACUGAUCCUAUAUUUAAACUCUGUCAGGAUACAGGAUACAGCAGACAGUUCAUUUUGUUAAGUCUUCUCGAGGAAACCUAAUUUUCUCAUCACAUAGUGUGUGGCAGAUAAGAGGAGAGAUUUGUUCAACUAUGUAUUUCAUUUCAAACUGUAAUCCUGUGUGAAUCCACACCAUUCCUUGUGACACUUCAGUUUAAGAUUAGCAACAGAGAAAGGGCAUUUAGGCCAGCUAUCCUGGAUCAUCACACAGCAUCUUUUCGCCCAUGUGUAACAGUUGAUAUUGUACCCCACUUCCAAGGUCAUGUCUUGAGGAUUUGUCUGUAAUGUGUUGGUGUGCAUUACCCGAGUUUGGUGUCUUGAUAUACAGUAACAAUGGGGUGAAAAUGUGCAGGACCUAAUGCCGUAAAAAUGUUGACAGACCUACUCUAGUGAAGUGUAUUUUU